CCAAAACUCGGCGUUAAGCCGGCGAAUUGGACGUUUUCAGCCUUACGCGCGUUAUUCUUGCCUCGGCGUCGUUUCGUCGUCGUGUCUCGCCCCCCGAAAAAACCGUUGGAAAUAAAGGCGGCCGCAGCCUGCGCGCGGGCAACGUCGCCGACUUUCAACGGCAGGGGGAGAGCGCGUGUCGCCGACUUCUUUCCGGGGUCCCGGACGGCGGACGAAAGGCUUUUUUUUUUUAGUGGAAGUUUAAAAGGAAGCGCUGGACGUGGGGGAAAGCCGGUCAAAGUUGGCACUUCGCGUCUACCGCGCUGCCGUUCGUUAAACGGGUCCUCUGGCGUCGCGUCGUUGCAGAGGUUUGAACUUUACAAGGGAAUUGGGUUAUAAGCCGCGGCCGCAGACGGGGUAAAGGUAUGUCUGAAGUUAGUCUUGGGGCUGUUUUGGGGGAGACCUCAGCCGAGGACCAGGAAAUGGAUUGUAAGGAAGCUCACAAAACAGACAAGUCUUUGAGUGAGGAUCUAAAAGAUGAGAGCAUAGACUGUUAUGAUGAAAAAAGAGAUGUCAGAGAUGAAGUGCUUGAUGACGGUGGCAAAGAUGAUAUAGAAAAAAAUGACACAGAUGCUGAACAAGAAGAUAAUGAUAUUGAUAGUGAAAAUGAGGUCACACACAGUGAUGAAAAUGUUGGGGACAGUGAUGACGCCGAACACAAAACUUGCAGUAUAGAUGAUGGGGGACCUCAGACAGAGCGACAUGUUGAAAGAGCUGAAACACCAGUGGAAAUGGGAGAUUCCCACUCUCCAAAUAAGCUAAUUGCUAUGGCUGAGGAGUCUCACAGAAGCUCAGCCGCUGAGAUUCCAGUCACCAGCAAUGGAGACCUGGAUCAGAGCCCCGAGGAAGUGUUCGUCAGGGAGUCUUUCUCCAGCGGCCACGGGGCGCUUAACCUUUCAGAAACUUGUGUCACCCCCAGUAACUUCGCUUCAACAGCAGAAGGUAUCAUUGAAUCAGGACCAUACAAAGGAUCAGCGAGCCAGCCCACGUCUCCCGUGGCACCCGUAGCUCCCAGCUCGGUUGUGGCUGGCCGCCUGGCACGUUCUGCCAGCGACAGCCAGGCUGAGAAAGUCAUGAAAGGGCAGCCACAGACUGGGGCGAUGGUCAUUGCUGAUGAAUUCAAGAGCCCCGCCAUGGAAAAACUGGAUCUCGUGAGAAAAUGGAGUAUCAACACGUAUAAAUGCACAAAGCAGAUCCUGUCCGAGAAGUGGGGUCGGGGCUCGAGGACGGUCGACCUGGAGCUGGAGGCUCAAAUCGAAGUUCUCCGUGACAACAAGAGAAAGUAUGAGCAUGUGGUCAAGUUGGCCCAGACACUGGCCAAUCAGCUGUCCCAGAUGAUGCAGACGCAGCGGCAGCUGGGGGAUGCUUUUGCGGACCUCAGCCUCAAGUCACCAGAGCUCCACGAGGAGUUCAGCUUCAACGCCGACACCCAAAAGCUUUUGUCCAAAAAUGGAGAGACACUACUGGGGGCCAUCAACUUCUUUAUUUCUAGUGUGAACACGCUGGUGGACAAAACUAUUGAAGACACCAUGAUAAACAUCAAACAGUAUGAAUCCUCCAGAGUUGAGUACGACGCAUAUCGUACAGACCUGGAGGAGCUGAACCUGGGGCCACGCGACGCCUCCACCAUGCCCAAGAUGGAGCAGUCCCAGCAGCAGUUUCAGAUUCACCGUGAGAAGUAUGAAAAAAUGCGCAAUGAUGUCGCCAUCAAACUCAAGUUUCUGGAGGAGAACAAGGUGAAGGUGUUGCACAAUCAGCUCAUUCUGUUCCACAAUGCCAUUGCUGCGUACUACGCAGGGAACCAGCAACAGCUGGAACAGACUCUCAAGCAGUUCCACAUCAAGUUGAAAAUGCCGGGCGGCGACGCUCCAUCUUGGCUUGAAGAGUCCUAAUCGCUCAGAUCGCAACUCUCGAGGAGUAGUCUGGGGUUUUUUUUGUUUUGUUUUUUUUUUUUUACUGGAAAAUGGAAAAUUCCCAAACAGCCACAGAAGCUAAAGGAAUGCCCGUUUCAACUCUCAUCAUUCUGCUGUCAGUCUGUCAAUCUGUCAUGCCUGUAAACCUUUUUAGACAAAAAGAAGAAAACAUACAUUCAUGAUUUUGAAAAGAGGAAAACAUAAAUUCAUGAUUUUUUUUUUUUUUACUAGAAAAUGGAAAAUUCCCAAACGGCCACAGACUCUAAAGGAAUGCCCUCGUCAACUCUCAUCAUCAUUCUGCUAUCAGUCUGUCAAUCUGUCAUGACUGUAAACCUUUUUAGACAAAAAGAUGAAAACAUAAAUUCACGAUUUUGCAAAGAGGAAAACAUAAAUUCAUGGUUUUGAAAAGAGGAAAACAUAAAUUCUUUUUUUUUUUUUUUGCUGGAAAAUGAAAAAUUCCCAAACAGCCACAGACGCUAAAGGAAUGCCCUCGUCGACUCUCAUCAUCAUUCUGCUAUCAGUCUGUCAAUCUGUCAUGGCUGUAAACGUUUUUAGACAAAAAGAGGAAAACAUAAAUUCAUGAUUUUGGAGUUCUUUUUACUCUUUGAGAAGCCCACUAAAACGUUGAAGAGACUCUCACUUUUGCAAUCCUUUCGAAUCAUGGAAAUGCACUUUUGUACCAUUUGACAAAUCUGUCGAGGUGGGGGGGGGGGGGCUAAAUAUAUUUCAAAACUCUAGAACAUGGCCUUUUUUUUAUACGGCACAUGAAUGUUGUAUCCACCCGGAGAAAGCAAGUUUUCUCUAAGGGAUAAAACGGUUCAUUUGAUUGACAUUGUAUUCAGAACUGUCCUCCAUCUUCUGAGAUGGGGCCGCUUGCUUUAUGAAGGUUUAGCCAGCCACCUCCAGACAACUACUCGCAUAACGCGACUCGACAUCGGUUGCUGCAAACCUAGGACGAAUUAAAGUUUUAUAUCCUCAAAUACAAGUCUGUGCAGUACGCUAAUGCGUGUCGGUCACCUUUCUUGAUGUUGAGAAAUGUAGAUAUGCGUUUAGUUGUCGCGGUAGGUACCCAAGGGAAACGUCAAAAUCUUGUUUCAUGAUUCUGGAUUUGCUAAACCGAUCCGCAUUUCAGUAGAUUAGCAUUUUUGUCUUUCGACUGUUCGUCAGUUCGUCUUUAUCGUAGUGUUUGACUUGAGCUGAUGAAAUUGAACUCUUUGGUAUUCCAUAUACUCUGAAGGACCAGCAUUACUACGUGAAUUGAUGUGCCUUGAUUUGUAAAUCUGUUUACCGAUCCUGUACAGAGCGCCUCUGAAGAUCGACCCCCCCCCCCCACUACCAGCUUUGACCAUUGUUUUAUUAAAGGAGAGGAUGGGCCGAACGUGUGAGAAUGCACAAAACGACAGAGCGAGGGUACAGUCAGGGUUGUUCGGACCACCUCUCACAAUACGAAUGGACCCACCUUUAAACCACUCUGAUAACUCCAGAUUAAAUUCGUGUAAAUCAGUUUCAAGACGUGUGUAUUUUUCUCCUUCUAUAUAUAUCUAUAUAUAUAUAUACGUAUAUAUAUAUAUAUUGCACAUAUGCACAUUUGAGACCAAUGACGAAAAUAACAGAACUACGAUACAAAUGACUAAAACCAAAAUCACUUGAGAAACUUUUUGUAGGCUGGAAGGACCAGCGUCCUUUCUUAGGGGCCGCUCUUUUUUCCAUUGGACUACGUGUAACUUUUGAAAGGGAACAAACACUGGUAUGGAUAGCCAGCUGGCCCCUGUCAUUUUGUUGAUUUCUACCAAUCCUAUGGCUCUGCAGUUUGAAACUGUUGUGUGAUUUCAAUCUAUUGCUCCUUGAGAUAGAUGAAUAUAUAUUUGUAAUUUACUCUAUUUUAGCUUGGCAUAUAUAUAUAGUGUAAUGGUUGCCGCCAUUUGGAUUUGUUUUCCCCUGAAGACAUGUAUGUACUAGUGGGUCCAUGCCUUUUUGUAAUAAUGAAACAUUAACCCAUGCUGAGUUCAAAUAGGUUCUGAAUGUUGUGUAACAAUCUUUGGGAAAUUAAAAAUGAUCUCUUCUCUUUGGAAGAUGCCUACUGUCCAUU